GCCCGCCCGGGCCUCGCCGCCCCCUGCCCGCGCUCCACCUGUCCCGGGGGUCGAUCCAGCUGGUCUGCUUGGUGUUGUGGUCGAUGUAGAAGACUUUGCCGUCGUAAUCCCUCGCCUCCUCCCAGCCAUCGGAACCACCAGUGAAGAAUAUGCGUACGCCGUGGGUGCCCUGGACUUGUGGCCUGAAAAGCAAGCAGCUGAGUUGCAUUAAGCAUAGACACCAGGUGUGAAUUACUGAGUGUUUAUCUCUCAUUUGCCAUUGGAGAAGAGUACCCCAGGCUGGUUACCAUGGUUCAGCUGAUAGAAGUUGUGUCUCCAAAUGACCCAUGUGCCUCCCUCCUCCAGACUUUUUUGAAGAUUUUGACGUCUAAGCACUGAAGCAUCCUGCAAAAAAAGAGAGGAUUAUUUGGAAUGGCCUGAAUAUUUUAUGGCAGUAGCUUUUCUGUCAGCACAAAGAAGUAAGGAUCCAAGCUCUCAGGUUGGUGCCUGCAUUGUAAAUUCAGAAAACAAGAUUGUUGGAAUUGGAUACAAUGGGAUGCCUAAUGGUUGCAGUGAUGAUGUACUGCCCUGGACAAGAACAGGAGAAAAUAGACUGGACACAAAAUAUCCUUAUGUGUGCCAUGCCGAAUUGAAUGCCAUCAUGAACAAAAACUCAGCUGAUGUGAAAGGCUGCAGCAUGUAUGUUGCCUUAUUUCCAUGUAAUGAAUGUGCAAAGCUCAUCAUCCAGGCAGGCAUAAAGGAAGUUAUUUUCAUGUCUGACAAGUACCAUGACACUACAGAAAUGACAGCUGCACGGCGGAUGUUUGAUUUGGCAGGUAUUAUAUAUAGGGAAUUCAAGCCAAAGUGUAACAAGAUCAUCAUCGACUUUGAUUCAAUUAACAGCAGACCAAGUCAAAAGCUUCUGUGAAUUAUGUCUCGUUAAGUCUUUAGAAGAGUGUGAUUAUCCUUUUCUAAAAAGCUUCUAAUGCCUUUCAUCUUGAAGUUACUUGCAACUUUUUAAUGGCUUCUGUAGCUAAAGUAGACUUAUAAGAAAUCCAAGGCAUAAAAUGUCCCGCUCACUUCAUCUUGUCAUGUGGAAUCUAAAUCUACUUAAAAUUUUUUUAUGCCUGUAUCAAAACUGCUUAAAAAAUAGAGACACGUAGAUGAAACAAUCUAAGUAAAGAAAACUGUUCUGAUUCUUCCUGUAUUCAUCGCCACAUGCUCUGGUGGGCUGUCAGCACAGAUUUACCCUCAGUUUAACAUCAGUACUUGUAACCAGUAGUAUGGUGGAAUAUGCUAAUAGAUGUUGGUCUCUCUGUUGGAUAUGUGGAUCUUCACAGUUGAUCCUAAUAAAGAACAAAAAAUGUUAUCCGUGCAAAUGCUAAUCUUCCAACUAGCAUAACACUAAUAUUUAAAAGGUUUUACAGCUUUAGGAAUGUGUGCCAUUCUGCUUGUUACCCAACAAAUGAAAUGCUGACUUUUCUUUUAAUUGCUGUCUGACAUUGCCAUACUUGGGGAGGGUUGAGAGAGGAAGCUGUUCUGAGAAUUGUCCAUGCCUGAGUGAGCUUUACAGGUGAUUUCAAAUCCUUGUUUUCCCCAAGACUCCAGAACUGAAGGGGUUUGAGGGAGUAAAUAAUUUGGUGCUUUACCUCUGGGACUUUUACACUGAGUUUGUUUUCAUGUGCAAAAGAAAAUAAUUUUAUUGGUAUAAGCUGUUCCUAGAUAAUCCAACAUAGCUCAGUCUUAAACUCCACCUGUAAAGUAACUGAAUCAUUUUUUGUCCUUGGAGAGAAAUUGGAGAUACUCAACCCAUAUCCAUAUCUGUGCCAAAAGAUGUAAUUGCGGUGUUAGCUUGUUUCCCAGUGCUGACAUAGUACCUCCAUUUUCAUAAAUGUUGCCUAAAAUAAUAUCCUUUUUAAUUUUAUCUUGAGAUCUGGGAAUAGAUUUGAGUUCAUUUUCUCUAAUUUGAUUUUUAAAAAUUAAGUAUGCCUAAUGGCUUUGUUUAGAUAACAUUGGUGGUUGUUGUUUUGUUGUUUUUUUGUUUGGUUGUUGUUAUUUUUAAUGUGGUUAUAGUUCAAUGAGCUUUUAUUUUCUCUACAAAAGCUUUGUUUCAUAUUUUGGGACAUUAUGUAAUUUGGCUUCAUACCAGUAUUAUUAAAGUCUUAUUAAAAUCCA